AGAAAACUUGACAAACAUGUUUAAAAUGCAUCACUCUAAAACAGCAAUUGAUUCCUUUUUUAAUUAUUAUUUUUUGAAUAAUUGUGCUAUAUUGCAGGGAAUGCUGUAACACAAGCUUUAUUUAAUCCAGUUAUUAUCAAUUUGCUCGAAAUUCGUCAAACCGAUUUGCCGAAAGAAUAUCGAUUCUGAAACCCCUUUCACUGUGAUUAAAUUUUUUCCGUUCUUGAAACUCGAGUCGCAUUAAUAACCCACCUCAGCCCUCAAAACCAAUCAAAACAAUCAUUAGCUUGCAACAAAAUCCUAAAACAUUGUCUCUCAUUUCCUGUCGCGCACGUGCCUCCUCAUAAUUUUCCCUCGAAUUAAACCAAACUUAUUAACUUGAUGAAAAGCACAGUCAAAUUUCCGGUUUUCCAAACAAUCACAACAAUUUCGAAAAUAAGACGGAAUUGAUUGAGCGCUCGUCCAACAUUGGAUAAGAAGCGUUUAAAGAAUUAACUCAAGUCCCACCCUCCACAAAUCAAAGUAUCGGCGAACGACGGAGACGCCAAGCGCCCCCGAAUGGGGCCGACAAGGACGGAACGGGUCUCGUGGCCGAUGGAAGCACAUGAGUGGUGUCAGGAGUAAUUUAGAUGAUGAACGUCAGUCAGUUUUACUUCAGAAUUUGUUCAAAGAAGACCAAGAGGCCGACGAUUUCGGGCCAAGUGAUAAUGGAUGAGGAGUGCGGAAGCUCGAAAAAUGAUAAGAGUUGUGUCGGGUCGGUUACGCCCUUUUCGAUAAACGAUAUUUUGAAACACAACAAGUGCAAGGAGGACGACCUGCAGGAAAAAGCCCUGGAUAUGUCCAAAGCCAGCAAAACGCAAGAGCCCCUGUCCGGAAUCGCGUCCCUCUCCCCGGACUUUUGCCCGCCAAGCCAAUCGGAGGAGUCCGGACGCGAGCCCAGCCAACCAGGCCGCAAGAAGCGUUCACGCGCCGCUUUCACACACGCACAAGUCUUCGAAUUGGAGCGCCGCUUCAGCCAGCAGCGCUACCUCAGCGGGCCCGAGAGGGCCGACCUGGCCCAGGCCCUCAAGCUCACCGAGACGCAGGUGAAGAUCUGGUACCAGAACCGGCGCUACAAGACGAAGCGGAAACAGCUCCAGAUGCAGGAAAGCUCGCUCAUGGGCCAGAGCGCCCGCAAGGUGGCGGUCAAGGUGCUGGUCAAGGACGACGUGCCGCUCUUCCUGCAGCAGAAGGGGCCCGUGUACCAGAAGGGCGGCUUCUAUGCCGAGCCUAAGGCCGAUUUUUUCAUCUACGAUCAGCUGAAGGGCGGCCUGCCCAAGUAUCCGAAAAGUCUGCAUGAGUCGAUGCUGAGUCUGUGUCAGCAGUAUUCCAACUCGAUGCAGUUGUUUCCGUAUUUUAAUUAUUAUCAUCCGGCGAUCGUGGGCGGCUUGGGGCCGCAGGAGGACGAGGGGGAGGGGAGGGAGCAGAAUUGAAGGGGUGGGGGUGGCAGGUUGAGGUGGUUUUACUGAAGUCUUCUUAAUACUGAGGAAAAAUUAAUAAAAAAUGAACCCAACUCCAAAUUCAAAACAAUGUGGUAAAAAUUUAUAAAACGGGCUUUCCGAUGAUUUUUUCUUACUGUGGCACACACAAGUUUAUAAACUUUUUCGACCGAUUUUUUUCAAUGAAAAUAUUUUCUUUGCAUAAGUUUUAAUAAAUUGUACCUUGAGAUGGAAAAAACUCACAUGAAAUAUACAGGGUGACUCUAUUAAAACUCCCUACAUUAUCACCAUAACUCAAAAACUACAAGAAACAAAAUAAUAUCGAUUUUGAUUGAUUUUUUUACCUAAUUCUUAGACUUGCUAUUGCAAGAUCUGACAACAAAUAAGUACAGUAAAACCUUUCAACAACGGACACCGGUAUAGAAUCUUUAAUUGUCCGUUGUAAAGAGGUGUCCGUUAUUUGGAGGUGUCCAUUAAACGAGGUUUUACUGUAUAUGGUUUAAAAACCGACUAAUUUUUUAGUCAAUUUUAGAAAACUUUUUCAAAAAAAAUGUUUUUAAACUUGUUUAAGUACUUAAAGAAGGUAAUGUUUGAGUUAUUAUUAUCAUUUGCGGUUUGUUUUUAACAGAAUUUUACUAAAUAGUUUCUGAUCGAAACAAAAAAUUGUGUUAUUAACGAAAUAUCAAAUAAAAACUGAAUUUAGCUUAAAACACUGUUUUCGACCAAAUUUUUUGGUCUUCAGAUACGUUCUUAAACAUUGUAAAAAUACCAAUUCAAUUUUAUUUUUGGAUAAAUUUGCUACAUUUGUAAAUAAAUUUGCAAAGGAAAAUGUGGAAAAAAAUGCAAAAGUAAUGGAAUUUUCAAUAGAAUUUAGUGAAUUUUGAAGACUUUUUCAACGAUUAUACUGAUUUUUGGCAUAAAUUGUACAAAAUGUUGAUAAAAAUUAUGUCCAUUUUUGUCGAAAAAGAAAAGAAAAAAAAAUUAUGUCUUUUUUUGAUAUUUUUUUAAAUUUUUUGGUCUGAUCUAGUAGGUGCAACGUGACAAAAACUAUAAAAAAUUGUUUUUAAAACACACCUGUUUACACUUUGAAAAAGUUAAAAAUUAACAUACCAUACCUACAAGUUUAAUAUAAUUUUUGUUUUUCAUGUUCUUUUUUCAAAAUGUUAUCAAAAACCAACCAAAUUGAGUGAAACAAACAAAAUCUUUCAGACAAUUAAUCGUUUACACAAACUUGUUUAUAAAAAAUAAAUAAAAAAAAACACAUUUUGCUUAAUCUCAUAAUUUCCGCUUGUUUUUACCAAAAUUUUGCGAAAUAAUUGCUUUUUUGGAUGAAAAACCUUUGAAAAAGACGUAAAAUUAUGUAAUUAUUAUCUUAAUUUGGUGGAUUUUCUAGAUUUAUUAGCAAAAUCUCAUACAAAAAUUCAAAAUUUAAAACCUUGAAGGCCUUAGAAAACGUUAAAAACUUGCUUAAACACUGUAAAAAAACAAAUUUAACAUUAUUUUUGCGUUAAUUCAAUAAACUUCUGGUCCGUCUUUAAUGAAUUGAGUUUCUUACUGACAAAUGUGUCGGAACACUCGAAAAAUGCAAAAAUAAUGUAAUUUUCAAAAAAAUUUAGUGAUUUAUGUGAAAACUUUUUGACGUUUUUGUAAUAAAAUUUUACGACGAUAACACACUUCUAUAGAAAGUUUUAAACAAAUAAAAAAAAAACUAGUUGCAACGUUUCGCUUAUGUAAUAAACAUCAUCAGGCUUUUGAACGAGUAAAAGGCCUGAUAAUGAAUAUUAUAUAAGCGAAUCGUUGCAACUCGUUUUUUUAUUUAAAACAUUUAAAGGAAGUUGGCUCACUAUUUUUUAAUUUGUUGAUUUUUUGAAUUAUUUUUCACAAAGUUUCAAAAAAAUUGGUAUUUCUACUUGUUUUUGGCUGUAAGAUAAGAAAUUAUGUAAUUAUCGUCUUAGUUCUGUGAUUUUUUAAAUCUGUUUAAGCAAAAUGUUACUUACAGAAAAACUAAGAAUAAUUUUGUUUAAAAAUAAAGAAAAUAAUUGCGUAUAAAUUAAUUGUAAACCAAACUAGAAUCGGAAAAAAUAGACAAAAAUAACAUCAGUUUGGUAUUUUCAAUUAAUUUCCUUGAUAUUAUCCGAAGAAAAACUCGGUUUUUACUUCGAAACCGUCCUUAAAUAUACCAAAAAAUAAAUUUUUGGCAAAUUUUUAAAGAAAUUUUGCGAUUUAACUUCCAUCUCAUUUCAAGGAUACCCAUUUUCAAUAAUGAAGCUUUGGUUUUUAUAAACAUUUUUUAAUGCCUGUAUAGAUAAUAAUUGUAAAACAAGUUUUACAAAACUGGGCUGGAAAAAGUGAAAUAAUGAAAUAACUUUUACUGAUAAUUUUAGUUCAGGUAUUUUUUAUUUUCUGGUAUUUUAGUUAGUUUUUCAUGAUUUCUUGUUUAGUAAUCUGCUUAUUUAUUCAGAUCGCUCCGAUUAAUUUUUCCCAGCAAGCCCCGGAAACGUCUGCUCAAAUCCUCAACUUUCGGUUAAUUGAGGCAUCUGAAAGCGUGAUGGACUUGUGUUUAUGUUAAACGACACCGUCUUUCAUUGCCGCUAAUUUAUUAAGAGACUUGUAAAAACAUCUCCAACCUUGUCAUCGGGAUUUUUUACGACAAAUCACUUUAGUACAUAGCAAAUCGUUUUUCCAUCGUUUCGUUGACUGAGCACUGUUUUAGAUUAUAAGUCGUUUUUCCUACCUAUUAGAGUGCAAUAAUACUUCUUAACCAAAGUAAUAAUUUAUGUAAAUACCACUGUAUCAUAGUGUAAAUAAAUAAGUCAACACUU